UACAAUAGGUUCAAUAUAAAAUAUUCCGUGAUUUUAUUUUUGUUGUGUGUUGCAAUUGAAAGCUAUCGACAGGGGAAUAUCGCCCUAGGAGAUGGCAGUGUGACCAGUUUUUCAAAGGUUGGCAGGGCCAAGAAAGGGAGGGGAAAUGUGGAGAGUAAGAGGCGCUCUGGUGAACGGUCAGGAAAGAGAACCUUAAUCAGCUCUUAGAUUCCACCACCUCCCCUGGCCCAGAAGUAUCUCCACCCACACCAAACCAUGAGGAACUGCACCCACACCGAUAGCUGAAUGAGAGCCGAGCGGCUACGUGAUGCAAAUGGAAGAGGUUUCUGCCGUUGGCGAAAAACCGAGAAAGGGAUCAGGGAAAAAAAUCGGGUAAUGCUGGUACUGGGCAGAGGGUAUAAAUAGGGCUGAAAGGGGUCAGGCCACCACGAGUUCCCAAAAAUUUUUACAGCAGCAAGUGGUUCGGGAAAUUUGUAGUGAAAAUUAAUAAAUAUAAUAUUAAAAAAAAGGAAACGGGACGAGUUUGGACGACGAAACAGGACAGGCAACCGGGACCGGGAAAAGAUGGCACCGUCAACGAAGAAGUAAGUCCGUUCCAAAGAAAAAAUUUGAUAUAAAAAGAAAAAAAAGGGAAAGUAAAUCUAAAAUUUUCCGGUUAAGAUCACCGUUGGCGAAGUAAAUAAAUAAAUAAAAGAAAUAAAGAUAAUUAUACGAUAUUUGGACCACGUGCCACGAAGAAUGAUUCCUUUAAUCAUUUACAUACCUAAAACCUUUUGAAUUAGCCGCACCACACUGGCACGGGCUUUGUUUUCGUUGAAAUUUUUCUUGUCGACUAUAAAACAUUAUUGCUCUACAAAAAGUUAAAAUAUGAACGCAGCAUUGAUGAAAGACUUAAAAUAGUUUUUAAGUAAAUUAAAUAAAACAUUCCCUCUUAAUAUUAUUAAAAAUUUCGUUCCAAUAAUUUAAAUAAAAGUCGUUCGUCCACCUUAAUCUAAGUUUAUAUGUUAAUUUAUUGAAUUAUUUAUGCACCACUAAACUUAUAUAUCCCACAUACAUACAUCAUAUAUUGUUUAUUAACAUAUGUCUAUAUAGAGCAUUUCUAAAUAAUAUAAGUAGUAUUUGUAAGUAAAAAGAAUUUGAUAUAAUCAGAAUUUCGCGAAACAAGGAAAAGAAUAUACAUUGCAUAAAAUUACAUAUGUAAAUUUGCGGAGGUCUCGCAGCAGUUUGGAUAUAAAUUAGCAAGUAAAGUAAAUAACCUACACAACUAUAUGCGAAUGUAGAAAAAGGAAAAGUCUCAUGUUAAUAAGUUUAGAAACACCGAGAUAAAAAUGAUCUCAAUAUUAAACCCCUGGUUGGAGCUCCAAAUAGGUAGGGUAAUUUAAAUGUAUAAUUAUGAAUUGAUCAAUAUUGAUAUAUUCGUAUAUGGCUCAACAAAGGUGUAAUGAAAAUUUAAAUCAAUUUCAAAGGAAGUGUUGCCGUAUGAAUUUGACAUCGCAGCUGUAGCAAGGGGAUGCAAAUAUAUGAGAUAAUUUAAAUGAAGAUAUAAAGCAAAAAUUAAAUAUGAAUGUUUAUGGUUAAUAAUAAAAUUGUAACGUGAGGAUGUUGUGCUAAGUGUUCGUCUAUGGGGAGGGGGAAAUGAGACGGACCCUGGAGUAGGCUGAUGAUAGCCAUCGGAAGGGAGAUUUGGCGAAGGAUGCAUGCCGGAUCUCAGGUAGGGUGGGGGUGUUGGAGUACAUCACCUAAACUCCAAAUUGUCCAGUGCAAGUAAAGUUUCCAGUAACGUCCAAUGUUUAUCAUUAUUUAUCCUAUUUUUGUUUGCAUCUUGUUUUUGUUUACAUUUGAUCUUAUUGAUGUCGUCGGACUGAGAUGGCCGAUCAGCUGGGCUAUUGUGCGGACUGAGGGCUGGGAAGAACCCCACCACGAGAUGGACUGGCUAGCCGGCCUUGCCCUAUCGAAGAACCAGGUCCGUAACAAUAGAUGGCGCCCAAUUUAAAGGCAGGAGUGGAUUCGCUGUUCCUAUCAUCCAAAGGGUUGAAAAGGAUGCGAAUUGCACACCGGUGGGAAUUAUAAAUAACCAGCCGAGAGGUAGGAUCUCGGAAGGGACUUGGUGAAUCGGGUACCUCGGUGACUGAUGGCCUAUGAAGGACCUGAUGGUCGGUUCAUAGUAGCGCGGUGCCGGGGGGAUCUGGAAGCAAAGAUACCCCAAAGUAAAUGUAAACAUUUUUUUUGUUGAAAGAGAUUGGUACGUAUCUGACGAACGGAAGAGGGUGCUCGGUAAGGGUGGUUCGGCACUAGCAGGAAAUAUUUCUUCGGCUAGUUAGAGACUAUCUCGAUGCCUGGUGUGCUACUCGAGCGCCUGGAAAAUAAAGCAGAAUAAUAACCGGAAUCAGAUAUAGUCCAAAUAGGGAAAACUUCCCUUACUUACCCGUAAUGAGGGCAGGAUGUGGAAUAUCGAUUGUGAGUGGCCCGUGGGGACCAGAGAAGUCGGCCACGUGUUGCACUCAUGGCGGCUCUUCAGUCCUAGAACAAUCAUUUAGUGAUGUAAGUAAGGGGAAGUAUAGAUUAUAGAAUGGCGCCCUUGACACCUAGUCUUAUGUGGAAGAUGGGAUGGUCAACAGAGCUCACCGAGAAACUUGUGCUGAAAAUUGAAGACACUGAAAUCCGGGGUGAAGUUGGCUCCGGUGAAUGUUGAGUUUUUCCCUCCUUGUUGUAGUUGUGAAUUUUCGUUUGAGUUGUCAUUGUGUGUUGUGGAUGCGCAGCCGGUUCAAAACUAUAAAAAAAUGUAAAGAUAAAUAUUAGUAAAACAUCGAAGUAGAGAUAGAUUAGGAAAAGUUGAUGAGCAAGUAUUUUUUAAGGUCAAAGGGGAAAAUGGUAGACAGGACUCCUCCGUCAGGGAAUCCUCGGAAGGAGCAUCAAGAAGGAGACGAUGACAGCUGGAAUUUGCCAGUAGCAUCGAAGGUCCUGCCAUCAGAAAUCACAUCGGCUGUCAAUGUGGCCUUAGCCCAGGCUCAGGAGACGCAACGAGGAGGAAUGAUGGAGUCCAUAAGCCGAUCCUUGCAAGAGGAGAUCCGGCGCGGGUUUAUGGAAGUGAUGAUUGCCGUUACCGAGGCAAUGGGACCAUUGAAGCAGCAAGUAGAGUUGCUACAGAUGCAGGAAGUAGCGAAGGACGGAAGUGAUAGCAGGCAUAGCAGCAGGCAGGACGAGAAGGACAGGAAGAGCACUGGAACUAAUCAAAAAUAUUCCACAGGCGUACCUCCAGCUUCGCCGCAUGCACAACGUUCGCAAUCCCUAGAUACAAAACAGUAUUCCGCGCAGAACGAACCCAUCCAGAGAUCUCCUAGGUUCGAGGAUGGGCGAGCCUUGCGUCAGCAAGCGGAAAGGGAGUCCGAGGGUAGAUUUACGAGGUGGGGACGAGUUGAAAAGUGGGAGAUAUACUUCGAUGGAGACCCAAACAAAAUGAUGGUGGAAGAUUUUGUUUUCUGGGUUGAGUUUCUUCGAAGGCAAAGUCGGUGUUCCUGGGAUGAGGUCCUCGACAGUUUUCAUCAUCUGGUCAGGGGCAAAGCGGCUGAGUGGUAUUGGCAAUUUGUUCGUGAGCGACCGCCCGAGGUUUGGGAAGAUCUAAAGGACGAAAUUGUGGCCAGAGGCGUCGGUGGUGAGUUUGAGCGGCUACGCGCUCUCCAUGAACGGCGACAAAGACCUGGGGAAUCAGUCGAGGAUUAUUUCGGAGCCAUGCGGCGAUUAUCUACCAGACUUACCCAACCCAUGUCGGAGUUCGAAAUGAUCCGGGUGAUUAAGAAAGGACUCGCUGAGGAUAUCGCUCGGUAUGUUUACGCAGUCAGGGUACGAAGCAUGGAGCAGCUUCGCGAGGAAUGCUUGGAAGUGGAAGACACUUUUGUCAGGCGAGAGCCCAGGCCAGCAUACCGCCCGUCGCAGAAGUUUUCGUCCUCUGGAAAGAGAGUCGAAGAAAUCAUACCGGAAUCGGAAUCGCAGGACAAGAAAGAAGAUGUGAUUAUAGAGGAGGCUCACCUGUUGACCAAGCAGAGGAUAUGUUGUUGGAACUGCGGACAGUUUGAUCACGUGUUCCGCGAUUGUGUGGCCAAGGAACACAGAAUCUUUUGCUACCGUUGCGGGAAACCGGAACACUUUACUCCGACAUUUUCGAAUUGUUCGGGAAACGGCCGACCAAGCGUGACGAAAGCAGGCGAGCAACGCUUGGGCCAGAAACCUGCGUGGAAGUAG